AUGUUUCUCGCCCGAGUGACAGCGUUCGUCUUCGUGGGCGUGUUUGGCCUCCCGUCGACCGUUGAGUCCAUGAAAACGGAGGCCAAAGUAUGCAACAUCACCAGCGGCCAUUUAAAAUUUCUGGUUAACGACUUGCCAACAACAUUUGGUUUGAACACAUGUGUAGCUAACAAUGCUGGAACGAUUGUUAAGGCCGUUGCUAGCACCCUUUGGAGCAGUUGUGGCGUUUUAGACAUCUAUGAUCUCUUUCGUAAUAAAGAUAUUCAAAAGUUACAUCAAUUGAUGGUCUCUAUUGCUGCGAAUCCUGCUAAGAUUUCUCCACUCGUGUACGAAUACAUGGCAAAUCAAACUGUUGGUACAAUGGACAAUCUGUGCGAUGCAUUUAGCGAUGCUAUCGGACCUUGUGGUGAAAAGGUGAUUCCUAAACUCCUUCCAGCAUUAUUGAAAGAUGAUGUGUGUUGUGCUCAAAUCAGCGAGCUGAUUGAGCUGCUUAACAUUGUGGUACCUCCAAAUCGAAAAUUGGACUUUUAUGUCGUGAAUGAACUCAUUGAUGGUGCGAAUCGUUUCUUUUGCUCCAAGAAAGGAGAUGUUUCGUGUGGAUAUGACAUGUAUUCGCAGCUAACAUCAAUGUAUACAGUGGAGACUUUUGAUUUCUUUCACCACGUGGUCUUCCCAUUCAUGACAAUUGGAGGAGGAGAUAAAUGCGCAGGAUUGUCGGGAAAAUCCUAUACGGAUACGGCCUCACGGACACGAGCAAAAACGAUCAAUUUUGGCUGCUGCAUUCAUCAGAUGCGUCCUUUAAUCCAGACUUUUCAAGCAGCAUUCAAGUACAUUACGAGUGAUAACUUUUGGGAUAUUGUGAGUGGAAUGGUUGUCUUUGAUGCUGCGAGAGGAAAGUUUGUCGACACACUUGCAGGAACAGAAUCUUGCGAAUUUGAAGGUGAUAAGUGCAAAGACCCAAAAGGAAUGGCCGAUGACAUUAAAAUGUUGCGUCAUCCUGGUACUGCUAAGUCGGAUAUGAACGAAUUAAUCGACACUGACUGUAAGAUGGUGGGGAAAUGCAAUGGAGACAACACCAUUUGUAGCCAAGUGUGCGAAACAGGUUCAGUCGUCGUGCCGACCUGGCUUCGAUCGACAUUAGAGUAUCAACAAAACUUGGCUUUUAAAGGUCCACUUUGUUUGGCCCAAAUUCCAGCUUCGCACAAUAGUGCUAUCACACUCGCAAAUGGGUUUGGUAAUCGUGAUCAGCUCUUUAACCGAAAUGCAAGUCCACACAAACCGUGGUCUUACACAAAGACGAAUAAUCAAAUGCUAAGCUUAACUGACCAGCUCAAUGUUGGCAUCCGAUUUGUCGAGAUUGACACGCACUAUUUUCUGAAUGAUCUUCACACAGGACAUUGUGGUAAUCUCGAAUCCAAGACACUGUCCGAGAUAGCUGCUUUAUUUGGUAAGACACUCAGUAACUAUGGCCAAUACAAUUGGGGGCCAGAAUUACUUGGAUGUUUUCCCUCCGUCUCUGGAAUUAAAGCUUCGGAACAACCUUUGACAAGGGACACAUUUAAAGAGAUCAAGGCGUGGAUUGAUACCAAUCCAAAUGAAUUUGUGUUUGUUUACGUAGAUACAGCUGAUGAUAUGAAGCGAACACGAAAGUUUGGAGCGAUUGACGUUUUGCUUACUGAAGUGUUUGGCGAAUUGCUAGUCCCACGAGAAAUGCUGGAUGAUUUGGCUCUUCAUUAUUGGAAAGGGGCUAGUAUUUCUAACUUUCAAAAGGCUGGAUAUCAAGUAUUGGCUCUAUCGAAUGCUAAGACGAGGGUUGCUUUUAAUCUCCACAAAGUAUGCAAUAAUGUAGAAGAGCUCAGAGCUGACUUUCUUGAUCAUGUGCCUGACAAGAAUCACGAGAUCAAUGGGAUUACUAUUUACAGCGAAUAUAACUGGAUUCGAACAUGGUCUGAGCAACUGCGUUAUAUCUCUCUCUCAGCAUCUGGACGUCUUACAAGAGAUCUUCCUGUGCUCUACGAUGCGAAAACUAUUCCUAAAUUUCUGCGAUGGGACUUGAAUCUCAUCGCACUUGACAAUGUUGAUAUUUCCAAGAUGACGGCAUUGGUGUGGUCAUGGGCAGAAGAUGAGCCAAGUACGACAGAUCCUGAUGCUUAUGUCUUUAUGAAUGCAAAUGGUCGUUGGGUAGCUAGUACAACCGCUCGAAAACGAUUUCGUGCGUGUUGGAAUGAGCAAAAGUUGACGUGGAGUAUUGAGCCAUUUGCUAUGCGCUGCUCUUCUCAAACAACUUUCAAAGGUCCAACAGAUCCGUAUCAAAAUCAUUUACUUCAUCAACUUCUUGUGGCUCAAAAGAUCAAAGGCACGUCUGUGGUCAUUAAUGUGAAGAUUCCUAGUGGUACGAAGUAA